AUGACGACUUUCGUGUGUAUGUUACUCUGUGGGCGUAGAGAAAUGUGGGAGGCUGAUACACUUGUGGAACACAUAAAAUUCGACCAUGGAUACACAUCCAAGAGCCCUGUAGUAAUUAAUUUGCUUGAGAUAAUGGGAGAGUUCAAUCCAGAACAGCAAAGGGCAUUCUGUCAGUUUGUUACUGGUGCUCCUCAGCUUCCUCCAGGUGGCAUGGUUGUCUUGAACCCUAAGUUGACCAUUGUCAGAAAGUUUUAUCUUGUUUCUGAUAUAGCCGUGAAAGAACUCAUUGCAGUUGCCACCAACAGAGAAGAUUCAAAAAGUGUUGUAGAGCUAACAAAUGGUUCUUCAGAGGAUACUAAAGAGCAAAUCUUGCAAAGGAUAUUUUUUUUAUAUGGUGAUUACAGGCAGCUGUGUUUGGCAGCUGUGUUGGGAGUUGAUCUUCUUGAUUCAGCACUACUUGUGAGCAAGCUAAGAAUGGAGAAGGCCAUGAUGUUUGAAACCGAAGCAACUGAUCUGGCUAUAGAACCGUAUAUAAAUAAAAAUGUCGACACAAAUGAUUUCAUGGAAGAAGCAUAUGAAUCUGAAGCACAUAAUGAUUUCGAUGUGAACAUUGAAUUUGACGAAGAUGGAGAUAAUGUUGAAAGGAUACUGGGAAAGGUUUUCGAUACGCCCGACGAAGCAUAUACAUUUUAUAACGAUUAUUCCUUUUUACAUGGUUUUGGUAUACGUAAAGAUGAUACGGUUAAAAACACAAGAACAAAUGAGCCUUAUCGGAAGUAUUAUGUAUGCUGCAAAGAAGGUUUCAAACGGGUAGACAACAAUGAUUCAAGUGGAAAUGAGAAAAAACGUCAUAGAGAUGUUAGAACUGGAUGUCAAGCAAAGCUUCGAAUUACAAGACAGGAGGAUGGAAAAUGGUUGGUGGACUUAUUUAAUGACACACACAAUCAUGAAUUGACCAUGACACCAACGAAGGUAAUCAAGCAUCGAUCUCAUAGCAAUUUUCACCGUUCAAUAGAAGGUAAAUCUAUUAUGGUGCAAUUUGGUCAAGCAGGGUUGAAACCUUCUCAGAUUAAAAAGGCAGUUAAUACAAUGAAAACCUCAAAUAUAGCUGAUGUUUCUUCAAAGCAAUGUGCUGAUGUCUUAUCUGAGCAUCGAAAACAACAUAGAGGAAAGGAGUUAUAUGGACUUAUAAAACAUUUUCAAGAUAAAACAUUAGUUGACAGUGACAAGUAUUUUGUCGUGGAUUUGUCUGAUGAUGGGUAUCCUAUAAAUAUCUUUUGGGCUGAUGGUAGAUCAAGAGAUGCAUAUACAAAAUUCAGAGAUGUUGUUGUGUUUGAUGUCACUUAUAUGACUAACAAAUUCAAGAUGCCCUUUGCUCCCUUUACUGGGGUAAUCAAGCAUCGAUCUCAUUGCUUGAAAAUGAAAAGGAAGAGACAUUUGAAUGGACAGUCUAUCCUUUUUAGUGGAGCAUUGCUUGAAAAUGAAAAGGAAGAGACAUUUGAAUGGUUAUUUAAACAUUUCCUCAAAUGUAUGUUUGACAAGUAUCCGAAUGCAAUUAUUACCGAUCAAGACAAAGCUAUGGGUAAUGCAAUAAAAAAAGUGUUUCCAAAUACUCGACAUCGCUUUUGUUCAUGGCAUAUCAGGAGGCAUGAAACUGAGCACCUUCGAUCUUAUGUUUCCCGUUACAGUGAUUUUCAAGAAAUGCAUAGAAAAUGGGUAAAUAGUGACACCAUUGAACAAUUUGAAGCAACAUGGGAAGACAUGCGUAUUAAGUAUGAACUGGAAAGCAAUUGUUGGAUUAGUGACAUGUAUAACCAACGUAUACAUUGGGCUAAACCCUUCUUGAAGGAUAUUUUCUUUGCUGGUAUGACCACAACCGGACGAAGUGAGAGUAUCAAUUCAUUUUUUGAUGGAUUUGUUAACUCGAAAACCAUGCUGAAUGAAUUUGUUGUACAAUACGACAAAGCAGUUGAGUCACGAAGGGCUGCCGAAGAAGAUGAAGACUUCAAGACUAUGAACUCAAGGCCGGUUCUUUCUUCGGUGCAUCCAAUCGAAGCAAAAGCUGGUCAAUGUUAUACUAGAAAGAUGUUUGAUACUUUCAAAAAAGAAUGGACCGAAGCUAUUACCAAUUUGAGUCACAAUACCCUAACAAAAACUACAGAAGAAAGCACAUAUAAAGUUGGGCAAUUGGACGUUGAUAAAAAAUAUUGGCGUAUUGUUACCUUUCGUUCUUUAAAUCAAGUCAUUGUCACAUGUUCUUGUUCUAUGUAUGAGACAAAUGGGAUUUUAUGCAAGCAUAGCUUAUAUGUGAUGAAGAAGAAGAAUGUUCAAGAACUGCCGAGUCAUUAUAUUUUACCGCGAUGGACACUUGGUGUUAGGUACAAAUUAGGUAGUGUUAGUAUCGGACUUGGAGAAAUUAAUAAUGAAAAUGGAGUUAGUGCCUACACAUUAUUUUGUGUCCGUUCAAAUUUUACUAAACUAAUUGAACAAUCAAGGAACUCCCCUUCGGAGAUACAAAAACUCAAUUCGAUGUUGAUAAAUCUUUUAGAUGAUCAAGCAAACCGAAAGAAAUAUGUGUCUUCGGAGAAUGCAUCUCAAAGUUUUUGUAUGGGAGUUUCACAAGUAGAUAUGAUGCCACAGUUAUCUGUCCGUGAUACUCUUGGUCCAACUACUACAAAAGGGCGUCAUAAACUUGCAAGUAGAAUCAAGUCUUCUUUGGAAGCCCCUAAAAAACGAACAUGCUCUUACUGUCAAGGAUUGGGUCAUUAUGCUACUAGUUGUUCAAAAAGAAAGGCAGAUGAAUCGUUGCAAGAGACAUAA